AUGGUGCCCAUUCAAACCAUGGAGAGAGAUGGCUUCAGACAUGUGGUUCACACUCUGGACUCUAGAUACGAGCUGCCGGGUCGGAAAUUUUUUAGCCAGAAGUGUCUGCCAGAGCUGUACACGGAGGUAGGGGACAGAGUCAUGAAUGAAAUUCGCCACCUUGAAGCCUACUCGGCCACUACUGAUUUAUGGUCCAGCCGGACUACUGAGCCAUACAUUAGCCUCACCAUCCACUACAUUGAUGAUGACUGGAAGUUGCGCAGCAGAUGCCUACAGACCGCCUUCUUCCCUGAAGACCACGCCGGAGUAAUAAUUGCGUUAGGACUGAAGGAUGCACUUUCUGCCUGGGGCUUGGCUGAAGCACAUCUUGUGUGCAUGACAACUGACAGCGGUGCAAACAUGGUGCGCGCUCUGGAAAUCAAUAAAUGGACGAGACUCGCAUGUUUUGGACACAGACUGCACAACGCUAUUGAGAGGAGUGUCCAACAUGAUGCUCGAGUUGCACGGGCCACAGGUAUGUGCAAAAAAGUGGUCAGUUCAUUCUCCUACAGCUGGAAAAAGAAGAAGGCCCUGACCAGUGCACAGAGAGAGCUGAACCUGCCCCCCCACAAGCUGGUCACAGAAUCCCCAACAAGGUGGGGGUCCCGUGUCAAAAUGAUGGAAAGGGUGUUGGAGCAGGAGAAGGCCAUCACUCAAGUCCUGGCAGCAGACCAAAAGUCACGUCACCUUCUACCCACCUGGCAAGACAUUGAGGUGUUGGAGGCCAUAACCAAAGCACUGAAGCCUCUGCAAGAUUUUACAGAUGCCCUGUCAGGAGAGGAGUAUGUUAGUGUCUCCUAUGUUAAGCCAGUCCUCCAUCUUCUCAAUUCAGAUAUUUUGAAGCCAGAAGAAGAUAAAGCAGGACUGUGCGAGGAUAUCAAGAAGAGGGUCCUGGAUUAUUUGAAUGAAAAAUACAACGAUCCUGCCACUGACGAGCUGCUCACCAUGGCAACAUUCCUGGACCCACGGUUCAAGACCACCUACAUGCCACCCGAAAAGUUGGAGGAAGUGAGGAGCAGAGUGGCUACAGAAACCAAAGCACUGGAGGAGAAGACAGCCACAGAUGCCUCUUCCACAGAAGACCAAAGCAAGAGGGAAACUAGCACUGCUCCUGCACAACUGAAAAAGCCCAAGACCAGCCUGGGCAGUUUCUUCAAAAAGGGUAGCAGUGCACCACCAAAGCAGCAGGGCAUUGACAUGGAGCUAGAUGGGUACCUGCUGAUGGUGACGGCUGACAGUGACUCUGAUCCACUGGAGUGGUGGCGUCUCCAAUGUUCCCACUUCCCCCGCAUUAGCCGCCUGGCAAAAAAAUACUUAUGCAUCCCAGCCACAAGCUCACCCUCCGAGCGUGCAUUCAGCACAGGGGGCAAUAUUGUAACAAGUUCCAGGGCAUCACUGAAGCCAGAAAAUGUUGACAGGCUGGUGUUCCUGGCAAAGAACUUGAAGGUCUAG